GUGAUACAUGUUACGGAAGCUUCAUGACAUCAUGCAUGCAGGUAUGCAAAGUUGUCACACACCACGGAAGAACAUUGAUCGAUUCACACACAUGAAGGAAAGUCAGUCAGUCAAUGAAUGAAUGAAUGAAUGGAUCAAGCAACUCAGCAAGUAGUUCGGCAGACACACACACACACACACACAGACAGACGGACGGCACCCAUCUCAUCUGAUCUGCAGGCAGGGAAAGGCAGAUCGAGAGAGACAAGAAAGAUCAAGAGACCAAGGGAGCAAGGCAGAGAGAGAGAGACACAGCUGCAGAGAGAGAGACCAAGUGUCUGUAUUUUUAUGUCACUCACACACUAGUCCAGCACACCACACCAAGGCCAGUGCCACACCUCCAUCCGUCCACCGUCGCCACCAGGCGUACAUCCAUCCAUGCAGCGAAUUGUAUACAAGACACAGACAAUGACCCCGCCCCACCCCACGCCAUCCACUGUCAGUCAGCUCCUCCACCGACCCACCCAUCCAUCCAUCCGACGGCCGGCCGGCAACCCCCACUCGCUUGCCGCCACCUCAGUCAGUCGAUGAGCCCUCUCCCUGGGUGCAGGCAGGCAAGGCAAGGCAAGGAAGGCAAGGCAGAAAAGGCAGGCAGGCAGGCAGGUCGCCGACACAAGAAGAGAUUGGGUGACGUCACGUUAUGGAGGAGAGAGAACAUGACAGCUACCACGUGUGUUGUGUGUCCUCCAUCCAUCCCUCCAUCCAGCCACCCAUGAUGCACGUGUGUGUCCUCUGCUAGUACACUGAGGACGGACACGACCACACCAACCACAGACGGAUAAAAGAGGGCGUUACGAGGAAGGAAGGAUGGAUGGAUGGAUGGACGGGUGGGCGAGACGGACUCGGCUACAGGGAGAGAGGCAGGCAGGCAGGGAGGGAGGAAAGGUAGACAAAGGGAGGGAGCAGAGAGGAGAGCCAACGUGAGCGCCACACUCGGUGGUCCGAUAGUGUUGUCAUUGAAGGAAGAGAAGAAGAAAACAGAGAGAGUGAUGAUCGAUCGGGUCAGGGAGGAAAAGACCGACAUACAGUCAGUCAGUCAGUCAGAGAGUCGAGAUGGUCAAAAUCGGGAGUGGCUCGCGACUGGCUGGCUGAGUGAGUGAGAAGUCGUGUAAGUGGUGCUGACCCCUCCCUACACACAACACACCAUUGGUGGGGGGAUGAAUGGAAGGAUGGAUGGAUGGUAUGCACGAAUUAAUACGCAGUGAACCCCCGAUAUAUGGGUGUUUGUGUGUGGUGUUGUGUUGUGUGUGUAGUCACCCGACCGACGAACGAACGGACGAAUGAAUGAAUGAAACGACAUACCAACCGCCCCCUUUAGUCCUACUAGUCUGCCUGCCUUGCCGUUUUCGAGCCUGCCUGCCUGCUUGAACGCCUGCCUGCCCCUGUGGCUGGCGCGGCACAUGACGACACAUGCGAUUUGGUCCAUUCCAUCCUCAUACACAGAAACUUCCCCUACGCACGAACCUGCCUGCACAAUACACACACACAUGGGUAUAGGACGGGUGAAUGAUGAUGGAAAAGCAAUAAAGGCACACAGAUACAUACAGUGGACGAGAAUGCGUGCAUGUUGACAGCCACCAAUAUAUGCGUCGGCCUCAUCCAUACACACAUCCAUCCAUAAAGCUACACACACAAGAUACACAACAACAACAACAACAACACACCCGCAGAAUACAAUCGCCGCAUGCCAUGCAUGAGAGGUGAAUGCCGGUGGAUGGAUAAAAACGAUUGGCAAAUAGAGAGAGUGUCCGUCUGCCUGUGUGAGAGAGAGAGGAAAGGAGAAGAUCGGUCGCAUCCAUCCAUCCAUGCCGAUAAUGCCUACCACAAACCGCAAACUGCAACGCAACGCAACGCAACACGACACGACACGACAGCAGCAGUCGGCUCGCUUACAAAACGCCGAGCAGCGGCCCGCCCCACCCCGCCCCCCAUCCAUCCAUUCAUGUGGCGAACUCCUGAAAGGAAGCGCUGAAUCGGUCGACUGAUGUGUGGAGGUCAGCUUGUUUCUUUGCUCCAUCAACAAAACGCCAUUCAGCAAAGAAACCUGCCUGCCUGCCUGCCUGCCUGCCUGCCAGGAGAGAGAACACGCAUGCAAUGCAUCGCAUCGACCUUGGAUGACACCCAGUCAGUCAGCCAACGCACACAAGCCUGGGACGUGCAGAGCGUCAGUAAAACAUGGACUGGGUAGACGAAUGGAUGAAUGGCUGAAUGCUGCAGACAGAUCGAAAAAAGGCGGCACUUAGCUACAAACAAAGAAACACACACACACCAGGCCAUGCCAUGCAGGGUAGGCUCGGUCACCCCGUGCACGGCCCCAGACAUCCAACUGAAUAACACCCGUCACACCCUCCCCCUCCCCCUCCCCCUCCCUUGUCCCCCCCUUUGAUCUGUACACGCCCCCUCACCUCACACACACUCACACACACACUCACACAGACAGCCAGACCCAGCCUUGCACAUCGGUCGGCAGAAUACGAAUGAGCCUGCCAAGCCCGCCCUGCACACACGAGAGGAGAAUAGCCGAGGUGGGGGAAGCGAAGCAUGUCAGUCAUGUGUGCAUUGCAUUCAUUCCUUCAUACGAAUGAAUGGACCGACAGAUACGAAUGAACCAGCCAGAGGUAGUAGUAGGUAGUUCGGUAGGUAGGUAGCCUCUACAGGUAGUGAGUGACGCUCGACACGACACACAGAGUAAGUAUCAAUUACGCACCGAUGUAUGUGUACCAGCCAGUGGGCGAGUGGGCGAGUGAGGGAGCGAGGGAAAGCGUGUCACGUCACUUCGGACACGCAGGCAGGCAGGCAGGCGGGCAGGGAGGCAAGGGGGCGAAGAAGAGGAGGGACGUCACUGUGGGCUGGCCUCCAGCCUGCCAGGCCAACCCACGUUCGAUCAUCUUUGCACACAAAACGGCCAAAAAACAGCCCUGCCCUCGGGGCACCCGUCAUCCCAUCUUUCCAGCCAUUCAUCCAUUCAUCCAUCCAGCCAUCCAGCCAGAACGAGCGAACGAAAUUAAAUAGCAACACAUCUGCACGCGGCGAGCAAUGAACAAACAGAGAGGCAACAGGCAGGCAGUGCAAGCAGACAUCACAUAGCCUCCAGCUGACUGACACCACAACUAGCGCUCUCAAUGGGCCCUAAAAAGGAAAAAGAACGAAGAGACAACGAGGAAGGGCCGGCCCGAGAUCGCAUGAGUCAUGGUGCAGCGGGUCGCUAUGUCCGUCUCCGCCCCCGCCGCCUUUGUCGUCGCCGCUCGCCGCUGCUGCUGCCGCUGGUGUCUUGUGCUGCUAAUGGUUGUUCGCUAUCCCCCGCCCCCUCCUCUGUUUGUGGCCUGCUGUCGUCACUUGACGCAGCGUCGGCCGCCCCCCCGCCCUCACUUGCUUCGCUCCUCUCGUCCUCCUCAUCCUCGUCUUGCCGUGGUGAACCCUCACCAUCAUCAAAAUUGCCCGCCCUGUCCGGCUGCUGCUGUUGCUGUGGUGGCUUUUGGCCGCCAUCGACAGACUGAAGCUGCGGUGGCCGUAGAGGGUCGUCCCCACCUUGACCGCCCGCACCGUCAGCACUGAGCCGUUUCUCCUCCUCCCGCCGUCUCCUCUGUUCGCUGGCGUCGCGCGCCCGCUUGAGGAUAUCACUCCACACACCGGUGUUGUUCUUGGCCGCUGCUAUCGCCGCCUGGGGGUUUGGCGGCUGACGUGAGGCGGCGCUGCUGCUGCUUGAGCUGAAGCUGGAGAGGGUGGUGGAAAUGCUGACGGGUGGUGGUGGUUUGCCCUCCCUGGCGGCCUUGCGUGCGGCGGCCGCCGCCCGCAUGACCUCGAUGGGGUCGGGGGUGUUCUCGUAGAGCACCUCGCCGGUGGGCCACUGGAGUGCGUACUUCUCCCAAAAGAGCCGCAUUCGCCGCUUCCCAUAAGUGGGGUUCCAGGGCUUGGACGAGCCGGCAUAAUGCAACACGACGGGAGGGCCCUUGAUGACCGUGUCUUGGCCUGCCGGCAGAGAGGGAGAGAGAGAAAGGGAGGGUAGAGUGAGUGAUGAUCAUCCUUCUUUCCAUCCUUCUUUCCAUUUCUAUGGUUGUGCGGUUCGUACCAACAAAGACGUUGUACGCAGCGGGGAGCUCUCCGUAAGUGCCGUUGCAGUAAAGGUUGAAGGCGAUCUGGUCGUUGACGCCCCAUGUGUUGACCCAUGACAUGACGCGGUCGACAAAACGAUUCCGCCGGAGAGUCUCGAGGGAAACCAGCAACACCUAACCACACACACAACACACAUGCAUGAGAGGCGAUCCGAUCCCAAUCGACGCCGCUUCCCCUCCCCGUCCACCGAUACACACACAGAGAUCAACCAACUCCCUUACCCCAGCAUUGAAGGACUUUGACGACUGGUAUCUGAUAGCUGGCCAGAUGUUGUCGUGCCUGAGCCAGCUGUUGAUGAGGUUAGGCGAGAGUGAGGUCCGGCCGGUGACGCCCGUUUCGGGUAUGUCCAUCUCGAACAUCUUGCGGAGGGGGCCGUGGACGAUCGUGUCGAUGUCGAGGUAGAUGACCCGGUCGAUCUCGGGCAAAAUCUUCGGCAGCAUCAGCCGACACAUCGUCGCGAUCGUCACGUGCUUCAGCGUCUUCGUAUACCUUUCAUCACACAGCACAUACACACAGACACAGAUCGAGAUGCACCGGCCCGUCCACGUCAGCCGCUCCUGCGUGUACCCACCUGAGGUUAUAGUUGAAGUCGAGCAUCUCCAGAGUGAAGGUGGGGAAUUUUUCCGCCACCAGGAGGCGGAGCAGCUUUUUGUUGCGCUCCUCCACGUCAUUGGUGACCACCACAUAGAGAUGCACCCGCUCCUGCUUGUUGUUCAUGUAGAUAGAGUUCAGCAACGUCGGGAUGCGCUUGAUCAGCUGAUUGUCCGUCGACAGCACAAUGCUCAAAGGCAGGUCCGACAAACUCACCGUCGGCGGGAAUAGCCGGUCCUGCAUCGACAGGGCCGAGUCGUUGAUCCCGCCGCCGGCCAUCACACCCCCGCCCUGCUGAUCGCCCGCCGCCCCUCCGCCCUCGCCGCCAUUGCUGGGGCAGUCCGCCUUGCCAUUCGGCGAUGGCAGGCCGAGCCGCUGCAGAAUGACGAGGUCGUCUGAGAUGACGUAGAACUGGAAGAGGAGGAAGGUUGUGACGGUUGCGAUGGACAGGAAGCGGGUGACUUGGACCAUGCUGUUGAAGCACGUCAGAUGCGGCAGCCAAAGCGUCUCG